UCCACUCCUCCCUCACCCGCUCCCUUUGACCGAACUUCCCCCGCUCCACAACCACUAAAUCUCGCCUACCCCUCCCCUGCGCCACAAAAUGCCGAAUCAAAACUACAAGAAAAUUAAUCGGAACUUAGUCAAUCAGCGUGGAACUUCUUCUGGAUCCAACAAGAUCCCCGCCACCAUCAUUUGUAAUGUUUGUCAUAGUAAGAAACAUCAGAGCGAAUAUGCAGGCCGUCAAUUAAGCAAAUUUACCGUUUACAAUAAAGCUUUUGUUCGUGACCCUAAGAGCGUCAAAGUCACAUGCAAGGAUUGCACCGCUCAACAAACCACCAAUCUUACCUGCUGUGUUUGCUCUGAAACAAUGCCUUUGGAAAAGUUUGCGAAGAGUCAGAGGAAAAAUCCAGACCAGGCAAGGUGUAUAGACUGUGUCAAUCAAGAUCUCAAAACCGAACCAGAUAUUGGAAUUAUUUCUGAUGAGGCGAGCUCUGCCUAUUUCAGUGAACCUGGCUCGGACUUCGACGAUUGGGAAAACCCGACACCGCCCCCCAAACCCACUUUUAAGAGGCCAGGCCCUUCUACUGCAGCCGCAAAGCCCGCUGCGAAGGAGGACUCUCAGCCCGCCUUCGACAAUUUCGCGGCCUUGACUGUCACUGACAGGAAGGAGAACGAGCAUGAAUGGCAGUUAGCAGGGAAUUCUAAGAAUUCCAGCGCUACUGCUAGGAACAUUUCUGACUCUUCCACCCCCACGAUGCGCUCGAAGAAGUCUGGCUGGGCAAAAGUCGCAAAGGUUCCAACUUCUAAGGCUGCUAAAUGGGGUGAGGUGGCUGCUGAGGAGAGCAACAUCCUGGAGUACCCCACUGCCACCUCUGGCAAGAACAAGACGGCCUUCAAUAAUAGACUCAUUGACCUUGGUGACAACGACUAUUAAAUAUGAUCCAAGGAAACAACUAGCGAUUCCUAUCGAAAUUUCCUACCCAUUCUCAGGUUUUCAAAAAAUUUUCUGGCAAAUACACGCUUUUUCUAGCUAUUUCUCCUGUUUUUUUCUUCCUUCAAU